AUGGAUGACGAACUUUCUUUGCCGAAGGCAACUGUUCAAAAGGUCAUCUCUGAAAUCCUACCGAAGGAUCUCGCAUUUGCGAAGGAAACCCGCGAUCUCCUUAUCGAAUGCUGCGUUGAAUUCAUUCAUUUAAUCUCAUCAGAAGCAAACGAGAUAUGUGAGAAGGAAGCGAAGAAGACAAUUGCUGCUGAGCAUGUCGUGUCGGCUCUGGAGCAGCUGGGUUUCGGUGAGUACGUGGAGGAGAUUCAGAAGGUGGCACAAGAACAUAAAGAACAACAAAAGUCGCGAGAGAAGAAACAAUCCAAGUUCGACCAGUCGGGAAAAACUCCAGAAGAGCUGCAAGCAAUGCAGGAAGAGCUGCUGCGCAAGGCGCGUGAGAGAUACGAGACGAACGCAGAGUUACAAUGA